UCCGAGGUCCAGGGAGAGCUUGGCCAGAAGGAGUGGAGAGCAGCGGGGCUGCGCAGGGACGCGUGCCGUGAGUUCCGGUGAGCGUGUGUGUCCCACGCUCCCGUCUUUCAGGCGGGCCCAGGACACGAAGCUGGAAGAGAGCUGGCUGGAGAGACGGGCCGUGAGCAGAGAGUGCAACCCGCGCAGCCCCGGGGACAGGCUGGUUCUUGGCGCUCUCCGCCGGAGCCUGCCCAGGGCUGGGUGUGAGGCUGGCGUCACGUCAACGAGCAGAGGCGGCCAGGCGGGGCGGAGUGCGCGUGCGCGGGGCGGCGAGCACGCGCGCGCGCGCACCCCCGGGCAGCCUGGGCGGCCGCUCCUGCCUGUCACUGCUGCGGCGCUGCUGGUCGGUCGUUUCCCUUGAAGGCAGCAGCGGAGGCGGCGGCUGCUCCAGACACCUGCGGCGGCGACCCCCCGGCGGCGCGGAGAUGUGGCCCUUGGCGGCGGCGCUGUUGCUGGGCUCCUGCUGCUGCGGUUCAGCUCAACUACUGUUUAAUAAUGUCAACUCCAUAGAGUUCACUUCAUGCAAUGAAACUGUGGUCAUCCCUUGCAUCGUCCGUAAUGUGGAGGCGCAAAGCACUGAAGAAAUGUUUGUGAAGUGGAAGUUGAACAAAUCGUAUAUUUUCAUCUAUGAUGGAAAUAAAAAUAGCUCUACUACAGAUCAAAACUUUACCAGUGCAAAAAUCUCAGUCACAGACUUACUCAAUGGCAUUGCCUCUUUGAAAAUGGAUAAGCGUGAUGCCAUGGUGGGAAACUACACUUGCGAAGUGACAGAGUUAUCCAGAGAAGGCAAAACAGUUAUAGAGCUGAAAAACCGCACGGCCUUCAACACUGACCAAGGAUCAGCCUGUUCUUACGAGGAGGAGAAAGGAGGUUGCAAAUUAGUUUCGUGGUUUUCUCCAAAUGAAAAGAUCCUCAUUGUUAUUUUCCCAAUUUUGGCUAUACUCCUGUUCUGGGGAAAGUUUGGUAUUUUAACACUCAAAUAUAAAUCCAGCCAUACGAAUAAGAGAAUCAUUCUGCUGCUCGUUGCUGGGCUGGUGCUCACAGUCAUCGUGGUUGUUGGAGCCAUCCUUCUCAUCCCAGGAGAAAAGCCCGUGAAGAAUGCUUCUGGACUUGGCCUCAUUGUAAUCUCUACGGGGAUAUUAAUACUACUUCAGUACAAUGUGUUUAUGACAGCUUUUGGAAUGACCUCUUUCACCAUUGCCAUAUUGAUCACUCAAGUGCUGGGCUACGUCCUUGCUUUGGUCGGGCUGUGUCUCUGCAUCAUGGCGUGUGAGCCAGUGCACGGCCCCCUUUUGAUUUCAGGUUUGGGUAUCAUAGCUCUAGCAGAACUACUUGGAUUAGUUUAUAUGAAGUUUGUCGCUUCCAACCAGAGGACUAUACAACCUCCUAGGAAUAGGUGAAGGGAAGUGACGGACUGUAACUUGGAAGUCAGAAAUGGAAGAAUACAGUUGUCUAAGCACCAGAGCCUUCACGACUCGCAGCUGGAAGGAACAGACAACAGUAACUGACUUCCAUCCAGGAAAACAUGUCACAUAAAUGAUUACUAAGUUUAUAUUCAAAGCAGCUGUAAUUUACAUAAUAAAAAAAUACGACGUGCUGUGUAACCAAUUGGAAUCCCAUUUUUCUAUUGUUUCUACUCAACUAGGGGCAAACGUUUCAGGGGCAACUUCCAAGAAUGAUGCUUGUUAGAUCCUGGAGUCUCUGAACACUGAGUUUAAAUCGAUUCCGAGUGAGACUCGCCAAGCACUAACCUGAGGGUUAGUUACCCAGAGAUACCUACGAAAAACAGUGGUAUCCAGCAAGCCUUAGUAAACUCAGGUUGCCAGCAGCAUUGCCACUUCCGCUGCUAGCUGAAUAACAAGACUGCCACUUCUGGGUCAUAGUGAUAGAGACUGAAGUAGAAAAACGAAUGUGGUUGGGCAGAUCCUGUGUGGCCCCUCUGUGUGCUAUGAUAUUGAUGGCACUGGUGUCUUCAUUCUUGGGGGUUGCCAUCAUUCACACACACACUCCCCUUUGACAUAUAGUGCACCCCAGUUUUGAAUACUUUUUUUGCACCCUGUCUCGUCCUGCUACUUUGAUUUGCGUUAUGAGAUAUAUAUAUAUAUAUAAUACCUUUUCUCCUCUUUAAACAUGGUCCUGUGACCCAAUAGUCAGUUGCAGAAAGGAGCCAGACUUAUUCUCAAAGCACUGUGCUCAAACUCUUCAGAAAAAAAG